AAACGCUGUGAAAAUUUGCUUUUGCAGUAGUUUAGAACAUUACAAACAUAAAUCAUAUGAACUUGAAUCAGCAUAAAUUAUACAUAAAUGACACAAUAGAAUAAACUUAUUUUCCUUACAAACUUAGAUACACUCUUGAAAGAGCAAUAUGAAUAAUAUAACCAUUAGCUUUGACGCUGCAUUUGAACGCGUCGGCUUCAUUAUAAACCAAUAAAAGCCCUUCCAUUUAGAAAAUUAAAACAUUUUGUUAGUUGGAUUGCCCUUUGCACAGAAACAGAAAACGGAACUUUCUUUUUCCGAUAGAUGCUGAGUUCCUCCAGCAUUUCGUGUGUUGCUUUACUUCCGCUCGGCUUUUCUGUGCUAUCUCUCGCACUCGAAAGUCCCCGGAGUCGUCACUGUUGUUUCUCCACAAGAGAAAUGCGAAAUCGAAACUGAAAGUUUCCUCUUAUAUAGUUAAAGUGCAGAGGGAAGGCAGCGCUCAGAGUGGCAGUAACCUCCCAAAGGUUCACAGUAAAAUAUUCGCUAAGCAGGGCUCAGGAUGAGCAGCGACGAGCUGCAGCGGCAGCGUUUGGCGCUCAUCGAGUGUUUCUUCGGCCGCCUGGCCACCAUCAUCCAGGUGGAGCCGGUUCUGGACUUCAUCCAGUUCAUGGAAGAAGCCGACAAGGAGGAGAUCCGCGCCAGGAGGGCACAGCGGGGCAACCGGGCUGCCGCCCGGCUGCUGCUCACCAAAAUCGUCGCCAAGCCCCCUCCGGAGGUUUGGUUCAAGCAGUUUGUCACCGCUCUGAGGGAAGGGGGCUGCGAGCACGCCGCUGAGUACAUCGACCCGACAGAAGGCGAUCUGAUGCCCCCAUCACUCGAGGCUCGCAACGACCUGGAAGUUCAACUCGUCAGGCUCUUAUCACCAACUCUCAUCGACAAGAUGGUACCGAAAGAAGUUGCCGCACACUGUUUCACCGAACAGAUUCUUAUCAUGGAUGACUUGGAGAAUAUUAUGAGUGAAACUUCGAAACAUGGGAAUCAAGCUGGAAUCCGAGAGUUAUUGAGCAGAAUAGUGGUGAAGCCCCCUGGUUGGUUCUCCAAGUUCUUGGGAGUAUUACAAAAGACUGGACAUGAAGAUCUUGCAGAUAUCCUAGCUGGCAAUAAUUGCAAAUCCGAGACAGAAGAAGAAAAUCAAGAUCCAUCUGGUGGUCAGUUGGCAACUGAUGAACAGAACAAAUUGGACGAUGCUAACCCAGUCCAGUUAGCUCUUAGAAGCAAUGAGCAAGCAAUCCAAGAUUUGUACAUAGGGCCCAGUUCUGAUGGGAAAGAUGACCAAGUUAGCAGCAGAGACAAUAGCAUCAUGACAGACAUGUCUACAAUGGAUUCAUCUCUGAAUACAGAUCCUGCUUUGGAUUCAUUGGAGGCAAGUAAUUGCAGUUUAAAUGGCAGUCGCUCUGGUGAAUCUGGAGAAGAGAAUGCCAGCUCAGAUGGAGAUGACGAAAACGAAAAGGAUGGCCGAAAUUCCCCAGUUUCCGAGAUCCGGCUCCGAGACUAUCAGCAGGAAGUAGCAGCUCCAGCCUUGGAGGGUAAAAAUAUCAUUAUUUGCCUGCCCACAGGAAGUGGAAAGACCAGAGUGGCUGUCUACAUUACUAGGCAUCAUCUGGACAAAAUGAAGUUACAGGGGAAAACAGGGAAGGUUAUUGUGCUCGUUAACAAGGUACCCCUGGUUGACCAGCAUUUCCGUAAGGAGUUCAAUCCAUUCCUAAAAGAUAAGUACAGCGUCAGCAAGAUAAGCGGUGACACCCAGCUGAAGAUCUCCUUCCCUCAAGUGGUGCGUGAAAAUGACAUUAUUAUCUGUACUGCUCAGAUUCUGGAGAAUCAGCUGGCUGAGCCCAGUAAUGGUGAUGCUAAUGAUCUCAAGAUAACAGAUUUCUCACUGAUAAUAAUUGACGAAUGCCACCACACUCAGAAGGAAGGAGUGUACAAGAGCAUAAUGACAAGAUACAUCGAACAAAAGUUGAACAAUAAGAAAGAAUCUGUAGCGCAGCCACUUCCACAGAUUCUUGGACUAACAGCAUCACCAGGCGUGGGCGGUGCAAAGAAGAGGCAAGGAGCAGAAUCACAUAUUUUACAGAUUUGUGCAAAUCUCGAUGCUAGUAAAUUAAUGACCGUGAGGACUCACCAGGAGCAACUGAAGGACCAGGUGAAAGAUCCAGUGAAGAAAGUAGAGGUUGCUGAAGAACGAGCUGAGGAUCCUUUCGGCUGCCAGAUCAAAGACAUGAUGACGCAAAUCCACAGCUUCAUGAAACGAAGCGCUGAUUCAGACUUUGGCACCCAGUCUUACGAGCAGUGGAUUGUUCAAAAGGAGAAAACAGGAGCAAAGACAGAGGAUCGUAAGCUACGAGUCUGUGCAGAGCAUUUAAGAAAAUACAAUGAUGCUUUGAUGAUUAAUGAUACCAUUCGGAUGAUUGAUGCGUAUAAUUAUCUCAUGGACUUCUAUAAAGGCGAAAGAAGGAAAAAAUAUUCAGAAGAGGAGGAGGUACCGAAGUCAAAAUUGGAUGACACUGAUAAAUUUCUUCUUUCCUUAUUUAAUGAUCAACAAGCCAAACUUCAGAGUCUUGCUGGAAUGCCUCAGUAUGAAAAUGGAAAUCUGACAAAACUACGAAUAGCUAUACUUCAGGAAUUCACUAAAAACCGAAAUUCAAGAGGCAUCGUAUUUACAAAGACUCGUCAAAAUGCACAUGCUCUGCACGAGUGGAUUGAAGAGAAUGAGAAAUUUAAGGAUGUUGGAAUUAAGGCACAUUACUUAACUGGAGCUGGCAGUAACAGUCAGUUCAAGCACAUGACUCAGAAUGAACAGAAGGAGGUGCUCAGUAAAUUCCAUGAUGGAGAAAUAAACCUUCUGAUUGCAACAACUGUUGCAGAAGAAGGUCUGGAUAUCAAGGAAUGUAACUUUGUAAUUCGCUAUGGCCUCGUCACUAAUGAGAUUGCCAUGGUCCAGGCUCGUGGCAGGGCUCGAUCAUAUGACAGCACUUAUGCACUUGUAGCCCGUGAGGGAUCAGGAGUUCUUGAACGUGAACAUUUAAAUGAUUUCCGUGAAUCCAUGAUGUAUAAAGCGAUUCAGAAAGUGCAAGACAUGCCAGAAGAGGAAUACAAGAAGCAGAUAGAAGAAAAGCAAUUGCAGAACAUAAUGGAGCACAAAAUGAAAAAGAGGAAAGAUUUGGGAAAAAGAAUAAAAAGUGAUCCUUCUAAAGUGACUUUCCAGUGCAGUACCUGUAGCAGACUUGUUUGUACAGGAAAAGAUAUUCAAGUAAUUGAAAACAUGCACCAUGUGAAUGUUACAGAUGACUUCAAAGAUUUGUAUGGAGUGCGAGAAAACCAGUCCUUGCAAGAGAAAUGUCUUGAUUACCAAACAAAUCAAGAGAUUUUUUGUAGGAGCUGUGGUCAGUCUUGGGGAACAAUGAUGGUUCAUCGUGGAGUGGAUUUACCUUGCUUGUCAAUCAGAUAUUUUGCUGUAUGUAUCAACGAGAAGAAUUCUGAAAAAAGUACCUAUAAAAAAUGGAGGGACGUUCCCUUCAGGCUACCUAAUUUUGACUAUGUCAAGUAUGUUGAAAGCCACAGAUAAUAUUUCUAAUAGCACUUUCUAAUGUCAUUUGAAUAUUGACACAUUUUGCAUUUGCUUUAAACCAAAUAUUCAUUAACAAUUAUAUAAAUUGUGAUCAGAAGAAGGAAAUAUAUUGGCCCCAUGGUCUUCUUGAUUUAAUUUCCUUUCAUUGUUAGCAAUGCAACGUAUGUUUAAAUGUCUGCACUUACAUGGUACUUGUAAAAUAUUUCAAUGCUGUAAAUUGUAUUCUGACUUACUUAAAUAUAACACAAUCAUGGGCUGAAAAUGCGAUCUAGAAAUCAUUAAAAGACUUAAUAGGGCGAGUAGACCUAAAAUCGGCUUCUAAUCGGAUGGACAGGCUUCAUUUACUUGCAGCCAAUAGAUAAUACCCAGUGUUCUCAGAAUAGUACACUUGGGGUUUUAUAUAAAAAACUUAUGAACUCCAAGAUACCCAAGCCACGAGCAGCAAAAAUUUGUCUGCUUCUAGUUUAACUGAGUGAUGAAUGAGUGUCCAUGUCACCGGAAUGAGCAUCUUGUGUAUGAGGAUGGUUGGGGGGGGGGAGGGUGGUGCAGGAUUAUAAACCUUCAGAACAAGGAGUGUCUGCCUGAGUGAGACUUACGAAUGUGAAAUAUUGAAAUAGCUUAUCUAGGAGAGUAAAUGAUUGGUAUGGAAAUAUGAUAAUCUGCAGUUGUUUCAGCUUAUUCUCUGAGGAUAUUAAUGUAUCUUUUAUGAGAAUGAAAAUUAAAUAUGUUGUGAUUAAAAGAAGUAUCUUUUUUGAGGAA